AUGGCGUUCAGGCCAGGCGACGAGGCUGAGGAUAUGAGAAUUCAAAAUCGGUUUGCUGGCAAACCCCACGGGCCAAUCAUCCGUAGAGGGGGCGUUAAGGUCAGAGUUUUUCUUCCAAAUCGUGAGGCUUUUGAGGCUCAGUUCAAGAAAUGGCGCGUGAUGAGCUGUACCUUUGGAGUGGCAGGAUACUCGCCUAAGAUUCGCAAAUCAGAAACGAACGUGCAACACAUUGCGGUGGAGACUGGGAUAGAUGAAGAUAUAGAUAUCCCAGGGGAUAGAAAAAUAGGCCCUUGA